AUGCCCCUCCCUGCGUCAAAUUCAUCGUUUGCCGCCAGGGCGCCUGCAGCCGCUGCCCCUGCUUCCGCUGCUGCUGUGGCCCCCGUUCACGGCGCCAGGUUCGACCCUUGGAAUUCAUCCUCGACGGGCCACCAACGAGCCGAUGACCGUUCCCGUCUCCGCCCUGGCUGGCGCGAUUUUCGCAACCGCAAACUCAACGCCCAGUUCCUCGGCCGCCGGGAGGCGCGAGGAGCCGACGGCCUCGAGGAGCCGUCCCGGCCCGCCCGGUCCGUCAUCGACAUGUUGACGACGCCCGGCCUCAUGAAGGAUGCCGCUCGCCGGACGGCGCCCGAGGAGCCCGAGGACGAUCAGCGAGCGCGCAAAGGAUCGUCUCGUGGCAUAUUCGACGGCCUCGUCAUCUACGUCAACGGGAGCACCUACCCUCUCGUCUCGGACCACAUGCUCAAGCGGCUCCUGCGCGAGAACGGCGCGAUGACGUCGCUGCACCUCGGCCGCCGCACCGUCACCCACGUCAUCCUCGGCCGGCCCGUCGGCCAUGCCAAUGGCAACGACCGCGGUGCCGGCGGCGGACUCGCCGCCACCAAGCUCGACAAGGAAGUGAGAAAGAUGCGCGGCUGCGGCGUCAAGUUCGUCGGCGUCGAGUGGGUGCUGCAGAGCCUCAAGGCUGGCAUUCGCCUUCCCGAGGCCCGUUUCGCCCACCUCACCCUCGCCCCGAAGGGGCAGACGAGCGUGUACGAAACUUUCUCGGCUCACGCGCCCACGACGCCAUCAGGAACGGUACGAUGCUCUGCGGAGGUGCCGUCCUUUGAGACCCGCCCUUGA